UAAAUGACAUCAGAGACUGCAGCACGCAGCGCGACGCCACCUCGGAGAGUCUGCGUGUGGACGCCCCUGGCUCCUCCCACAUGGCCAGUCACAGAGGGGAGCUGCGCAUCCUGAGCGUUUACGGAAAAGGGGAGGGCCCACUGGCGGUGGAUGGUUGGUGGAAGGUUUCUCCCAACAAUGCCAAUAUGAUCGUACACAUGAGGACCAGACCAGACGAGAAGCCGUACGGGUGUGACCAAUGCACGAAGAGCUUCAGUCAGAAAGGCAACCUGAAGAGCCACAUGAUGACUCACUCCGGGGAGAAGCCCUACAGGUGUGACCAAUGCGCAAAGCACUACAGUCAUAGCUACACCCUCAAGAUGCACAUGAGGACCCACAUCGGCGAGAAACCCCACAGGUGUGACCAAUGCAGGAAGAGCUUCAGUCGGACAAGCAGCCUGAAGACCCACAUGAGGACUCACUCCGGCGAGAAGUCCUACAGGUGUGACCAAUGCCCGAAGUGCUUCAGUCUGAAAGACCACCUGAAGACCCACAUGAGAACUCACUCCGGCGAGAAGCCCUACAGCUGUGACCAAUGCACGAAGAGCUUCAGUCAAAGUCAACACCUGAGGAGCCACAUGAGGACUCACACCGGAGAGAAGCCCUACCGGUGUGACCAAUGCACGAAGCGCUUCAGUCAUGGCUGCAACCUGAAGAACCACCUGAGGACUCACACCGGCGAGAAGCCCUACAAGUGUGACCAAUGCACGAAGCGCUUCAGUCGGACAAGCAGCCUGAAGACCCACAUGAGGACUCACACCGGGGAGAAGCCCUACAGCUGUGACCAAUGCACAAAGAGCUUCAGUGAGCUAAACGUACUGAAGAACCACAUGAGGACUCACACCGGGGAGAAGCCCUACAGGUGUGACCAAUGCACGAAGCGCUUCGGCCAUAGCUCGUCCCUGAAGAUCCACAUGAGGACUCACACCGACGAGAAGCCCUACGGGUGCCACCAAUGCACGAAGCUCUUCAGUCAGAAAGGCAAGCUGAAGACCCACAUGAGAACUCACUCCGGCGAGAAGCCCUACAGCUGUGACCAAUGCACGAAGAGCUUCAGUCAAAGUCAACACCUGAGGAGCCACAUGAGGACUCACACCGGAGAGAAGCCCUACCGGUGUGACCAAUGCACGAAGCGCUUCAGUCAUGGCUGCAACCUGAAGAACCACCUGAGGACUCACACCGGCGAGAAGCCCUACAAGUGUGACCAAUGCACGAAGCGCUUCAGUCAAAGUGACUACCUGAAGAGCCACAUGAAGACUCACACCGGCGAGAAGCCCUACAGCUGUGACCAAUGCAUGAAGCGCUUCAUGCGGAAAGACGCUCUGAAGAACCACAUUAGUACGCACUCCGGCGAGAAGCCCUACAGGUGUGACCAAUGCACGAAGAGCUUCAGUCAGAGCAACGAUCUGAAGCUCCACAUGAGAACGCACUCCAGGGAGAAGCCCUACAGGUGUGACCAAUGCACGAAGAGCUUCAGUCAAAGUGAACACCUGAGGAUCCACAUGAGGACUCACACAGGGGAGAAGCCCUACAGGUGUGACCUAUGCACGAAGAGCUUCAGUCAGAGCAACAAUCUGAAGAUCCACAUGAGAACGCAUUCUGGGGAGAAGCCCUACAGGUGUGACCAAUGCACGAAGCGCUUCAGUUCGAAAGGCAUGCUGAAGAUCCACAUGAGGACUCACACCGGCGAGAAUCACCAGGCCUCGAUACCAGUGCCAGUAGCCAUGAAGUUGGUGAAACCGACGAAAGCUAUCAGCCUGAGUCAACUCUCACCGGCGUCGUCAGAAGAUGAAGGUCCGGAGACCCUAGACACCUUUUCAAUCAAGGUUGAAGAGGAUAUUGGUGGAGGCAUGCCCGCUGUAGAAGACGUCAAUGACAUUAGAGACUGCAGCACGCAGCGCGGCGCCACCUCGGAGAGUCUGCAUGUGGACACCCCUGGCUCCUCCCACAUGUCAAGUCACAACGGGGAGCUGCGCAUCCUGAGCGUUUACGGACAAGGGGAAGGCCCACUGGCGGUGGAUGGUUGGUGGAAGGUUUCUCCCAACAAUGCCAAUAUGAUCGUACACAUGAGGACCCGACCAGACGAGAAGCCGUACGGGUGUAACCAAUGCACGAAGUGCUUCAGUCAGAAAGGCAACCUGAAAAUCCACAUGAGUACGCACUCCGGGGAGAAGCCCUACAGGUGUUACCAAUGCGCAAAGCACUACAGUCAUAGCUACACCCUCACGAUGCACAUGAGGACCCACACCGGCGAGAAACCCUACAGCUGUGACCAUUGCAAAAAGCGCUUCGCUCGGCAUAGAGACCUGAACGUCCACAUGAGGACUCACUCCGGCGAGAAACCCUACAAGUGUGACCAAUGCACGAAGCGCUUCAGUCAGACAAGCCACCUGAAGAGCCACAUGAUGACUCACUCCGGCGAGAUGCCCUACAAGUGUGACCAAUGCACGAAGCGCUUCAGUCGGACAAGCCACCUGAAGAUCCACCUGAGGACUCACUCCGGGGAGAAGCCCUACAAGUGUGACCAAUGCACAAAGUGCUUCAGUCGGACAAGCCACCUGAAGAUCCACAUGAGGACUCACGACGGGGAGAAGCCCUACAAGUGUGACCAAUGCACUAAGUGCUUCAGUCGGAUAAGCAACCUGAAGAUCCACAUGAGGACUCACUCCGGGGAGAAGCCCUACAAGUGUGACCAAUGCACGAAGUGCUUCAGUGAGAAAGGCACCCUGAAUAAACACAUGAGGAGUCACUCCGGGGAGAAGCCCUACAAGUGUGACCAAUGCACAAAGUGCUUCAGUCGGAAAGGCCACCUGAAGAUCCACAUGAUGACUCACUCCGGGGAGAAGCCCCACCAGUGUGACCAAUGCACGAAGUGCUUCAGUGAGAAAGGCAAGCUGAAUAAACACAUGAGGAGUCACUCCGGGGAGAAGCCCUACAAGUGUGACCAAUGCACAAUGCGCUUCAGUCAUCGCCGCACCCUGAAGUUCCACAUGUCGACUCACACCGGCGAGAAGCCCUACAGGUGUGACCAAUGCACGAAGUGCUUCAGUGAGAAAGGCACCCUGAAUAAACACAUGAGGAGUCACUCCGGGGAGAAGCCCUACAAGUGUGACCAAUGCACGAAGCGCUUCAGUCAGUAUUACAUCCUGAAGAACCACAUGAGGACUCACUCUGGGGAGAAGCCCUACGUGUGUGACCAAUGCACAAAGUGCUUCAGUCAGAAAGGCCACCUGAAGAGCCACCUGAGAACUCACUCUGGGGAGAAGCCCUACGUGUGUCUGCAGUGCAACGCCAGCUACAGCGACCCAAGCAGUUUGCGUUUGCACAUGCUCAAGCACACUUUGGCACGGGGUAAAGGGACGCUUUGAUUGAGACCUCUGUCUGGUAUUGGUUUAAAUUACUGCUUUUAGUUUUUCUUUUCAUCACGAUUAAACACUUUCAACUUUU